AUGGUUGGUCGAUGUGGUUUAUGUUACUAAACCCUGCAUCAGUUUUCAAGUUUUUAGAAACUAGAUGUAUCUUCAGCUAUUAAUUACUGAACUGAUUUGUUCCAAACAUGGAAGUCAAUGAUCUUUCGUUGUUACUAAUGAUAAAUUAUAUUUUUAUGAUUGCCCUUGCUCGUACAUAGUAGAGCGAAGUACUAAUGUCAGUAAAUGUACACACACUAGAUAGUUGUUAUUUAGCUUUCUGUUCUAAACAAAUGACUACUAGAUUGGGUUUAAUUUCCAGGCAAUAGCGAGUCAAGGUGAACAUUACUGUAUAAUGAAUUGUUUUUGUUUUUGCAUAGGUUGUUGGUUUGGGUAAUCUUUCCCUUCCUGACACCCGCCACAGUGUGGGAAUGCUUGUAGUUGACUCUCUUGCCAAGUAUUUGGGAACUUCUUGGCAUUUCAAUAGGCAAUCUUUGGGUUACGUAGCAGUGACAAAAGUUGGUCACCUAGAAAUUAUACUACUGAAACCUUAUGUUGCAAUGAACUUGAAUGGAAGGAGCAUUUCAAAAGCAGGUACCCUGGCUGUUAGAUUAUUCUCUAACUUAUGACAUGAAUUUUGUGGUAUUAUUUAACAUUGGUGUUGGGAUAAAACUUGAUAUCAUCUCUAAGUUUACACUUGACACCUAAGCUUCACUAUGCAUAUUCUCCACACUGUUCUCCAUAGAUUUCUAAAGGUACUGGUUAGGAGAAUUUGUUUAACAACCAGAGGCUUCUUUAGUUGAUAAUCAUUUUCAUUUAUUCUGGUUACUUUUGUGUGUGAUUCAGGGGUGAUAUUGUUGGAAAAAACUUGGUGCAAGUCACUCUUUGGGUUAAGGGGUUAAACCUCUUCUAUGAGAUUAGCGAGAAAGGGAUAUUAUGCCAAGAUAAGUUCUUGAAAAAUUGUCAAGAGUUUGGCCCACACACAGGUCAGGCUAAUGGAGUGAGAUAGAAUGCAUCACUUUACUUUUUUAAUUUCACAGUAAUUCUUGUGAAAGAACUGCGGGAUGUAGACAGUCAGCUCAAAUUAUGAACCUGAUGAAUUUACUUGAAUAGUGAUACCACAGACUUGAUAACAUUUCAACAAGCAGCAACAUGUAAUUCAUGUUACUGUUCCUUUCUUAUUCAGUCACAAUGUAUAAAGUGAACCCAUCUGAUGUUAUUCUUGUUCAUGAUGACCUUGACAGACCUGUAGGGAAGUACAGUUUAAAACAUGGAGGAAGUGCUGGGUGAGCUAUGUUAUACCAAGCACUACAUGUACAUGUUCUUCAGUAUAACACCAAUACACCUGCUUUUACAGAGUAUAAGGCUGCCUAUCGAACCGGCCUGCUUAGUCAGCUGCUAUAGCUUUACAGUAUGUAAUAUCAUGGUUCCUAUAGCAUAAAGCUGGCAGUAAAAGUUGUUUAACCUUAGUUAACCCUGAGUAGCAUUUUGACAAUCUGCCUCUACUUAUGUGUACAGAUAGUUGAAAUGUUUUUGUGUUUUAAAUUUUUCCAAAUCAGUGCUAUUUUUAUUUCCCCUAGUUCAGACUGACUUAUAAUGAAAAUGAGAUAAUGUUAAGCAAAAAUAAGCUAGUUUUAGCUAGAGAUUUAGACUAAGGAAUGGCAAUUUAACCCCAAUACAACCAUGAGAGGCAUAGUGAGAGAGCCAUACAGAAAGUGAGAGAGAGCCAGCUAUAAGGCCACAGCUUCUCCCACAACGUGUGAUAUGCGAAACAAGAAAUUAUAGUUCAUGCACUAAAUGUCAUUUGUGACAAUGUAAAAUGCUUAGUGAAGAUCUAACUUUGUUCACCUGGAUGCAGAAUUUCGAUUCAUGUAUAUAACAUUUUUUGCAGGGGUCACAAUGGAGUAAAAUCAGCAAUUGCAUCUCUUCACUCUGAUGUGAGUUACUGUGUUUUUCUUUUAUUCUUUAUUGUAAUUGUGGACAUUGGAAGAAGGAAAGAGGAUUAAAGCUCAGCUAUCAAAAAAAAUUUUUUUUUUUCUCCCAUCAUAAUUAGAGAUCAGAGAAUUCCCUGGAUACUACAUAAAAUUCUCCACUUACAAUUCAGUGGCCCAGCCUAUUUUUUAAUUGAGAUAUACAGACAUUCAGUUCUGCUAUUGCAUUUCUUGAUGAAAAUCCAGCAUUACACCCUUGGCAUGACUGACUUUAGGUAGCAGUCUACCGAUGUCGUAUUACAAGACUGAGAUGAUGCAUGUUAUAUCUUAUUUGAUGUGCAUUUGUUUAUUUAUCUUAGAGCUUAAGGAGAGUUCGUGUAGGGAUAGGGAGACCAAACAAGAGAGAUAAUGUGACAGAAUAUGUCUUGAGCAAUUUUGAUCCAUCAGAGAUGCUUGUCAUGGAAAGAACAAUAGAACAAUGCUGUGAUGUCCUCAUGAAGGAGCUUCAGUUAUUAAGAUCUUAGGAGUGUCCACUUUAGUGAAGUUUGGAGGCAAUAGUUUUAAAAACAUAAUUCUGCCAUAUUUAUUUAGUUGCUUGCCUCCUAAAAUUCAAUCAUUAUUAAUAGCAUCUUCGACAAAGUUUAUUUCAGCCUUGAAAUUUCAACAUAAAUUUACACUCUCAUUAUCUUACUUACCUCAAAUGUGUCCUGUUUAACCAUUACCAUCAUUCAUGACUUUGCCAGGUCUACUUGCCUCUCAAGAAAAUAAGAAAAGAGUUACUUAAUUUGAUAGUAGCCAUCUGUAUUAGCAGAUGUGUACAGGAAAUGUACAUAAGUACUUACACUGUAACUUUGCUAAAAAUGUUCAUGGCCAUGCACUUUUACAUGCACUUGAGAGAAGAUAAUUCAAAUUGCAUUAUUAUACCAUUAAGUUAAUGUAACUUUACUAAUAGCCAAACCUGUACUAUGCGGUCACCCACGGGGAAUGGUGCUUAAUACAGGUUCCACAGAUUGGGGUAACUGAGAAAUGUAAUAACUAUAAACAUCAAUUCGAUGUAAUUUCUAAACUGUACCUGUUCUGUGCAUUUAACAGGGCAGGGCAGCGACUUUGAGGAGCGUUUUGAGCCGAAUUCUACUGUAUAAUUUGGUUUUAUCACCUGAGUUUUUAAUGUAAAUUGGCCAUCAGAAACAACUUUACUGUGGCCAUUCAACAUUAUCAACUCAGUUAAUAAAACCAAAUUAUCUCGUUAUACUUCCCCCACCAACGCAGCACUACAAUUUCUCUAUGAGUCCUACAUUAGUCUGUACAGCUGGCGUUAUUUUCCCCGUUUUUAAAGCGAAUUCAGACAAGCACGAGAAGAGAGAAAGGAGGUCGUAACACUUGUCGCUUCUAGAGAUCUACCUGAAAGAAUCCGGCUAUCGGGGCUUGAUUAAUGUAAAGAACUGCUCAUAAUUUGUACAGUUGAUAUUUGGAGGAACCCAGGCAGGCUUGGUUUAGGUUACAGCGGGCUGAAAGGAAUUCAGCCUGGCGUAGGUAUGAUCAGACUUUGAUGGAUUAUCCACAAGAGGGCUAACCCUGUUUUGGAAUGAAAUCUCAUUUAUUUAUGCAUGCAUACUGAUUUACAUAGUUAGGUAAACUGAUUGCUUUUAGAAAAGUUCAAGCGGCUCACUUGCUGACGUGAGAAAACUCGUUUGAUUUCAAAAAGGAGAAUGCAUUUCUCCCACAAGACAGAAAGUCUUAAGCCUGUCUAGCGAUGGCAUAUUUUACUUUUCAGAACUAACGCAAAAAAUGCUUUAGCUGAGACCCAAACAAAAUUAAUAAAGGUACGCAGCUACAUGUCGUGACAAAGAAGGGGACUCCCCUAAUUAGCAUGUAUGCAUUCAUGCGAUAUUUCGGUGCAAGCAUCGUGCUAAGAUAUGAAUCUUUUUCAUUUAUCUCAAAAUUUUGAGAAAAAAAGUACGAUACCUGUUCACGUGAGAAACUCAAUCGCGUAGCAGUAGCUGCGAGACGUAGGGUGAAGGCCUUCCAAAAGGGUGGCAGGACUGUCCGUCGACAAGCAUGACUAAAGAUAAUUUGAAACAAGGCUGCGUCUUUGCUAUUUUAACACCUAAGUUCACCGGGCAAUAAUCUAUCGGCUAACAAAUUUUAUUAAAUCGAAAAAAUGACCUUCACGGCAUGGAGAAGGGAAGGGGACAAGACAUGAAAUGAGAAAGUAAACAAUGAUUACA